CUAGUGUUCAGAACCUCUUGAUUCUGGUUAUAUUCCGACUUCGGUCCGUAGUCUCUGCCAUGGACAAUAGCAGUGCAGGCAGGAAUAGCCAUCCUUCCUUUGAUCAACCCAGUCAGAGUGAUGGAGCAGCAAGCAGCUACACUCACAACGCUUCGGUUCAACAGGACCAAUCACACAGCUCAGAAACAGGACGACAACGUCUCCAGCCACAUCAUAUUCCAAGUUUACCUGGAAUGCCACAAAGUCGUCAUGAGCUCAGGGAGCCACUACCACAAAGCACCUUACUUGGUCAGCUACCGUCACUGAAAGAACCUGAUAACUCAGCGACACCAUUUCCCUUCCGCCCACUCCUUGAGCCCAACCUACCCAACAGCUUGGGUGAUGCAACAAUCUCGCCGUCAUCGUCACAAGUCUCUACCGGCACGGGAUGCAUUGCAAAUACAGGAUUACCUCAUGAUGUGUUUGCCUCUUCGAGUGGAAGUAAUGUGUUGCUAUCACCAUCACCAGCAAGAGACCCGCAACGAGAACAACAACAUCUCCAUACGCCGCAACUCCGGAGCUCACCGGAAAUGCUACCAAAUCAACACGACCUCAACGAGCCACUACCACAGAGUAACUUACUUGGACUGCAGCUGUCGACUAAAGAACCUGCAAAAUCUGCCAAAGCCAAACUAGUCUGCCCGGAAUGCAAAAGGAGUUGCUCAUAUCCGUCGGACCUGAAAAGACACAUGAGAGUGCACACCGGUGAAAAGCCAUAUCGUUGCACAGAUUGUGGACAAGCCUUCUCGCGGAAGAGUGAUCUAACUGUACACAUCCGAAAACACGCUGGGGAGAAGCCAUUCUUUGCCAUGGACAAUACCAACGCAAGCAGGAUGAGCCAGUUUACCUUUGAUCACUUCAGUCAGAGUGGUGUAGCGUCAAACCCCUACGCUCACGACGCUUUGGUUCCACAAGACCAAUCACGCAGCGCAUCAACACCAUUCUCCUACCUACAAAAUUUGGCGGCACCAAAUCUUCAGAUUCAGGAUCACCAGCACUAUGGCAACUUGUUUGAUGGAGUAAUUUUUCCCUCCUUGCCAGAAGUCUCUACGGGCAUGGGCUCCAAUGUGAACACACGACUCGUACAUCAUGAUGCGUUUGCGCCUUUGGGUGAUAGUAAGUUGAUGGCAGCACCAGCGCCAGCAAUGGCCUUACAGCCAAGACGACUGCAUCUCCAGCCGCCAAAUAAUCCCGGCUUACUUGACUUGCUACAAGGUCCACAUGACCUCAGCCAGUCACUACCACAGAGUAACGUAUUCGGAAAGCAGUCGUCAAUGAAAGAACCUGAAACCCCAGCGACAAUAUUGUCCUUCCACCAAGGUCAGACGGCACCGAACCUUCCGCAUAGCCUAAUGCCGGAUAACCAGCAUAAUUUCAACAGCUUGAGUGAUGCAGCACUCUUUCCGUUCCCGCCACAAGUUUCUAAAGGCGUCAGCUCAUUUGGAAAUAUAGGAUUCCCUCAUGAUGUGUUUGCGCCUACUGGUGAUAUGAAUGCGAUGGUCGUGUCAAGGCAAGGACGACAAUAUAUUCCAAGUUUACCGGAAAUGCCACCAAGUGGUCGUCACGACCUCAGUGAGCCACUUCCACAGAGCACCUUACUCGGGCAGCAGCCGUCAAUGAAAGAACCUGAUUACUCAGCGACACCAUUCUCCUUAUACGCAGGUCCGGCGGAACCACUCAUUCAGCCUAACCUACUCAACAGCUUGAGUGAUGCAGCAAUCUUUCCCUACCUGCCAAAGGUCUCUACCGCUAUGCGCUCCGAUGUAAAUACAGGAUUAAAUCAGGAUGUGUUUGCGAAAUCGCGUGGUAGUGAUGUGUUGCUAUCACCAUCACUAGCAAGAGGCCUACAACAGCAACAACCACAACAACAACAUCACAAGCCACCACAUAUUCCCAGGCUGCAGGUAAUGCCACCGCAUCACCAUGAUCUCAGCGAGCCACUACCACCGAGUAACGUACUUGGACAGCAGCCGUCGACUAAUGAACCUGAAAAAAUUGCCAAAGCCAAACGAGUCUGCCCGGAAUGCAAAAGGAGUUUCUCGUAUCCGUCGCAGCUCAAAAUACACAUGACAGUGCACACUGGCAAGAAGCCAUAUCGUUGCACAGAGUGUGGACAAGACUUCUCGCAGAAGCGUUAUCUAACUGUGCACAUCCGAAAACACACCGGGAAGAAGCCACAUCAUUGUGACAGAUGCAACUCACGUUUUUAUGACCAAUCAGCACUAUGCAAACACACGAGAACGCAUACAGGCGAGAAACCAUACAAGUGCACUAUGCCUUCGUGA